AUGAAUCCCGCCCAGUUCUCCAACCCCGGCGGGGGCAUGCCUGGACUCGUCAAGCCAGGCAUGCCGCAGCAACAGCAGCAGCAGCAGCAACAACAACAGCAGCCGCAGCGUAAUGAUAACGGCCAGAUGAUCAUGAACCAAGUUGGACACGAGCUACAAAUGCAGCCUCGACUCGGUGGAUGGAGAGAUGAAGUUCCCAUCAGGGUUCGAGCUAUGCAUGUUUUCCAAAUGAUUACCUCCCUUCGAUUGAUCCAACCUCGAAUCGACCUGAAGCAGGCUGGCAACGCUGCGAUUGCCUUUGAAACUAAUGCCUGGAAGAAGUCCAAAGAUUUGAGCGAAUACGAGAAGACUUGCGCCGAGAAACUCAACCAUAUCAAAGAUACCCGCCAGAGACAAGCCGCCGUUGCGCUUCAAAGCGGAAUGAUGCCCCAGGGUGGGCCCGCUAUGCAGAGCCAGCUUCAGGGCGGGAUUCCCCCUCAGAUGAACCCGAACAUGCAGACCUCGCCCGUGGCUCAGGGUCAACCUCAAAUGAUGGGCAUGAAUGCUCCCAACCAGCAGGCGGCUAUGCAACAGCGCCAGCAACAGCAGCAACAUCAACAGCAGCAGCAAGUCAUGCUUCAGCAGCAACAGCAACAGCAGCAACAAUUGCAGCAGCAGCAACAGCAACAGCGGGCCCAGCAACGCCCUGUCAAUGGUGUUCCUCUUACCGACGACAUCCCUGCUCUCCAGAACCCUGACGCGGAACACGUGCAACGACUUGCGCAACAAAUGAUGUCCAAGACAUCCCCAGAGGACGUUGAAAAGAUCAAGUCGAAUCUUGCCAACAUGAAUCCGGAGCAGCGACAGUAUUUGCAACGAAAGGGCAUCGAUCCAGUCAAUUACUUCUUCCGCACGCAGGCUCUGGGUCAUUUGCGACGAUACCGUCGCUCUCGCAUGGAGAUGGGCCGCAAUGCCAAUCUUGCCAAUCCCGAGGCCAUGCUCACGAAUGAUCCGAUGAUGAGCCAACAGGCGAUGUUCCAAAACAUGAUGAACCUUCAGCGCAGCAACUCGACUUUCUCCGGUAACCAAGCUCAGGGUCAGGACCCGAACGCUUUCUUCGGCAACGUGGAGAACAUCCAGGGCCAGCAAGCUGACGGUCUUCGCUCGCAGGAAGCCGGUCAGCUAGUUGUUCCUGCCAGCUCAUCGCAAAUGAAUCAGACACCGUUCAACAACCAGCAGAACCUGUUUCAACAGCAGUCUGGUCAGAACGGUCAAGGGAACGGGACUAUGAACGGUCUGGGCAUGAACAAUCAGGCGUUCAACCAACAGCACAUGCAGCAGAGUCUCCCCAACGGAGCCCAGCAGUUCCAGGCUCAACAGGCCCAAGCCCAGGCUCAGGCUCAGGCCCAGCAAGCUCAGGCUCGUGCCCAUGCUGCUCAGAAAGCGCAGCUGGCAAUGUCGGGCCAGGUUAAUUCGCAAGCUCAAGUCCCAUUUCCCCAACAGAGUCCCGUCAUGCCGAUGCUGAAUCAGGGAAUGCCUCCCGGUCAGAUUUCCCCUGUCCCAAUGUCGGCCCAGGUUCGACCUCCGUCUCGCCCGGCGAAUAUGGGCCAGCACCCAGGUGGUAUGCAGACCGGACAACCCACCAUGCAAAAUCGCCCUCCAAUCCCUCCCAGUCUUCCCCAGGCGGUUCGGGACCAAUUGGCUCAAAUGAGCAAUGAGCAGCUUCAUAACUUCCUUCAGAAUCAACGCCGUGUUCAUGCCAACAACAUGGCUCGAGCCAACGUUCAGCAGCAGCAACUACAGCAGCAACAGCCACAACAGCCGCAGCAGCAGCAACAGCCGCAGCCGCAACAACCGGUGCAGCAAAGCUCUCUCCCGCAGGAUGGCCAAAAUCAAGCCAUGUUCACUGGAGGACAAAUGGCCAACAAUCCUCGAAUGAGAGCCUCCAUGAGUAUGCCACAAGGCAUGAACCCGGCAGCUGGUCUCGUUCAAAACCCACAGCAGAUGACUCCUCAGCAACGGGCCGUGCAUUUGCACCGACAGAACGAGAUGGCCAGGCUGGCCGCCCUCCGGAAACAGAACAACGGCCAUGAGAUGACUGUUGAGCAGCAAAAGGAAAUGGACCGUGUCUCUUUCCCAACGUCGCUGAUUGCGAAUAACCCUCAAGUGCCACAAAACAUCAAGACUUGGGCUCAGAUCAAGCAUUGGGCGAGCACUAACCCCAUCACUACUACUGGUGUAGAAUUCAGUCGCCUCUUGACUCUUCAAAAACUUCACUUUGCCCAGAUCCUGGCUACGAAGCUUGCCCAGCAACAGAACCAACAGAACCAACAAAAUCAACAAAAUCAAAGUCAAAUCCAGCAGACUUUCCAGGGCCCUCAAAAUGGGAUGCAGGCCCCUCAGAGUCAUCCGAAUCCCGCAAUGGCCAUGGCAAUGCGACCAAUCACCAAUGAUGAUAUUCAAACCGCUCGCCAGAGGCUGGGAAACAAUUCGGCCAACUACGACGACGACCAGAUUCGCGAGCUUCUUCGGACCAAACAGAGGCAGAUGAUCGAGCAAGCUGCCCAUCAACGGGCUCUUGCUUUGAAUCAAGGAGUCCCUCAGCCUUCUGGCUCCGUACCUCCAACCCAAACGCAGACUCAAUCACUCAGUGUUCCCCAGCAGCCCUUGCAAGUCCCUGGUGAUCUGCAGCCUCCGAAUCAGAGGCAGCCACAGACGGCCUCUGCUCCCAAGAGUGGUAAAGCCCCGGCCGCUGUGAACCAGAGAUCGAAGAAGCGACCAAUCCCAGAUGACGGGAUUGAGAUAACGGGCAUGAACAUCACCCCUCAGCAAAGUCAUGCUCCUCCAACCACUGCUGCCCCUGCAGCUCAAAAACCAGGGAUCAGUCAAGUAUUCUCACAAGAGACCUUCAAUUCCAUGACUCCCGAACAGCGUCUGGCAGUUGAACAGACAAUGCGGCGCCAUCAGCAGGGGUACUUCCGCCCUCCGCAUCCCAAUCGGGCCGCUGCUGAACAUAAUUGGAAUACGAAUCUCCCACCGAAACUCUUGGAGGCUUAUGCCGAGAUCUCCAAGGCUGCUCCGCCCCCAAACAUUUUGCCUAUCUCUCCAGAACAGAAAGCGAUUAUGACCCAGCAGCUGCAAGAAUCCAUCGACAUCCUCUCUCGAGUGGAUAUCAUGAUUUUGCAAGCAUUCGCCAAGGCGAACAACCAAGAACGAAGUGUGCGAAACAUACUUGCCAUGCGAUUCCAGUUGAUGCGUCAAUUCAAGAACACUGCGGAGUGGAUCCCCAAUGAGAAUUUCACCGUCAACCCCGACUACUUGACUGGUUCCAUUCUUUUCAUUCGCAGGUUCUUCCAGGCGGUGAUCCAGCGGGCAAAUGAGCGCCGGACUGCUCCUUCCCAGGCCAACGCCCCGAUUGCUCAGUCGGAACAGCCUGGACAGACUUCCGCUCUGAAUGCGAACAACCUUAAGCAGCUACAGCAACAACAGGAUGAGGCCCUUCAGCGCGCCCGUCGUGCUUCCAGCCAGUCUGCGCCCGUACCUGCACCUUUCGGUGCUCCCUCACCCCAAGGUGUUCCAGCAUAUGGUUCAGGAGGACUUGCUCCCGAGAAACUGAAGCUCCCUCCGCCCAAAAAGCGCAAGCAGUCUCACACCGGUGUAUCCUCAUCUCCCGUGCCGGCUAGUGCUCCAAUUAUUGCCGAUGCGAGUUACAAGAAGGCCGUCGCGGACGCCAAGUCGACGGCUGCCGCUCUGGCUGGUGCAUUCAAGUGCGGUGUGGUUGAAUGCCAGCAUCAUUUCCAAGGUUUCCCAACCCAGGCCGCUCUAGACAAGCAUGUUGAGGAGAGCCACAAGCCAGAGAUGGAAGAAGUGAUCGAGGAUCCUAUCCAAUUCUACCUUGACAGCCUUGACAUCGGUCUUGGGUUGACAGUAGAUAACCAGGGAGCCCAACCGAUUGCUCCUACCGGCACCAGCACUGCUCGAUUGAUGCCGUCUCCCGUCAAGCCUGGCCUGGCCACUCCCGCCUCCUCCACUACGACCCCAAUGAUGCGAGCCACGAGCCAGGUCGUUGCCAAGGGUGUGUCACCCGCUGCAUCUGCCCAGCAGCUCACCCCUCAGCUGGAGCAGGCCAAGAAACCGGGUCAGAAGCUUACCACGCUUGAGCAACCGUCGGAGCCCGCUCUCGCAUGGGCUAAUUCCCAGGUGACUCCUCAGGAGCUUCAGAACACCUUUGAUCCUCUUUUCGACGAGGUUGAUCCGUGCAAUGGGCUCAGCAUGUACUCUAGCGAGCCUUGGAGUUUUGACGCCUUACUAGCCAGCGAGUCCGCUCGUCGUGACCCGACAGAGGAUACUCCCGACUCCGAUGAUCUGGCCUUGGCCACUGAGACUCCCCAGGAUGAUCCUAUUAAUUGGUCCGAGUGGGCAAUGUACGAUGAAGAAUCCGCUGCGGCCACCGCAGAGUGGAUGAAGAUUCCGCUCGAGCUCCAGGACAAUUCUGGCGACGGUAUCAAGGGUGUACGUGUUGACUUUGACCGCCUCGAGCGUGAGCAGCGUGAGGAGAAGGAAGCUGCCCUCCGCGGUAGGGCCGGCCUUGUUGUCCCUACUGCGGUGUGA